AUGGAUCAGGACGUCGACGACAGGGCGGCCGCGAGCGUGGCGGCGGCGGCGCGCGCACUGCGGACCGGGCUGGAGCGGUCGCGCGCGAUGGGGCAGGCGCUGGCGCGCGGGGGGCCGCGGCUCGAGGAGAUCCAGGCGGCGCUGCCGGCGCUGGAGGCGGCCGUGCGCCCGAUCCGGGCGCCCAUGGCCGAGCUCGCGGCGGCCGGCCCGCACAUCGACCGCGCCGUGGGCCCCGCCGCCGCCGUGCUCAAGGUGUUCGACGCCGUGCACGGGCUCGAGCCGCCGCUGCUCGAGGCCGGCGCCGCCGCGCGGGACCUCCCAGGGUACCUCGCCGUGCUCGGCCGCCUCGAGGAGGCCCUGCGGUUCCUGUCGGGCAACUGCGGCCUCGCCGCCGAGUGGCUCGCCGACAUCGUCGAGUACCUCGGCGACCACGACCUCGCCGACCCGCGCUUCCUCGCCGAGGUCGGCGUCGCCCUGGACGGGCUCAAGAACCCCUCCGGGUACCUCGACGGCGGCCUCCUGGCGGCCGCGCUCGACGUGCUCGAGGCGGAGUUCCGACGCCUCCUCGCCGAGCAUUCCACGCCGCUCGCGAUGCAGCAGCACGGCGCCACCCCAGCGUCCACCGCGCCGGCUCGCGUCCCGACCGCCGCCGUCCGCAAGCUCAGCCCGAUUCUCGACCGCCUCUUGGCCAAUGGCCGGCAAGACCGCUGCAUCUCUCUGUAUGCCGAUGCACGCGACGGUGUGGUGAGUGCCAGCCUCCAUGCGCUCGGCCUCGAUUACUUGCACAAUCCAGCUGACGACGCCCAGGAAUUAGGCCCUGGGGUCGAGUUGUGGGGGCGGCAUUUGGAGUUUGUGGUGCGCCGCCUCCUCGAGUCUGAGCGUCAGCUCUGCGCCAAGGUGUUUGGGCAGCACAAGGAUGAUGCAUCAGUUUGCUUCGCCGAGAUAGCGUCGCGAGCUAGUGUUCUUGAUUUUUUGAGGUUUGGUCGUGCCGCUGCGGAUGCUAAGAAAGACCCAAUCAAGCUCUUGCGUUUGCUUGAGGUCUUUGAUUCUUUGAAUAAGCUGAGGUUGGAUUUCAACCGGUUGUUCGGCGGAAAGGUGUGUGCGGAUAUUCAGUGCGAGACAAGGGACCUUGUGAAGUUGUUGGUGGAUGGCUCUGUUGAGAUCUUUGAGGAGUUGAUCGUGCAGGUGGAGCUGCAGCGACACAUGCCUCCCCCAGCCGAUGGGGGUGUGCCACGCCUGGUCACUUUUAUCGUCGACUACUGCAACCGGCUCCUUGGUGAGAAAUACAGGCCUGUGCUUGCACAGGUGCUCACCAUCCACCGCAGUUGGCGCAAGGAAGUGUUCAGUGACAAGAUGCUUGCUGUCGCGGUGCUUAACAUUGUCAAGGCCCUUGAAGCCAACUUUGAUGUUUGGUCGAAGGCGUAUGGGAAUAAGAUUCAGUCAUACAUCUUCAUGAUGAACACACGCUGGCAUUUCUAUAAGCACGUGAAGGCUACUAAGCUGGCUGAACUCUUGGGUGAUGUGUGGAUCAGGGAUCAUGAGAAGUUUAAGGAUUUCUAUCUGACGGUGUUUAUGAGGGAUAGCUGGGGGGCGCUUUCGCCGCUGCUCAACCGAGAGGGCCUAAUCUUGUUCUCCAAGGGCCGUGCCACAGCAAAGGACCUCGUGAAGCAGCGCCUUAAAACUUUCAAUGCGAGAUUCAGUGAGAUGUUCCAUGAACAGUCAGCAUGGAUCAUACCGGACAAGGACUUGAGGAGGGAGACAUGUGACCUUGUGAUACAGGCAAUAGUUCCCCCUUACCGGAGUUACAUGCAGAACUACGGGCCGCUCGUAGAGCAGGAUGCAAGUGCUAGCAAGUAUGUAAAGUAUACUGUGGAUGGUUUGGAAAAGAUGCUCGGUUCGCUGUUCGCGCCCCGUCCCAGGAGAUCUGGGAGCUUCCAGAUUGGGCACUCCAAUGGCAAGAUUACUAGUGCAAUGACAGGGAUGUAUCGGAGUGCUUCCACAGUGAAAUAA